AUGAUGGGGUCGCGCCAGUGGCAGUCUCCGGCUGGUGCUCCUGCGGCCGCCGAUGCCGCGGAGGAGGACACCGGCGGCGUCGGGGGCCCGUCCAGGCGGCCGCUGCGCCACGGGUUGCACCGCGCGUCGCCCUACGGGGGUGGCCCCCGCCGGUGGCUCCCCAAGGUCCCCGUGGCUUCGAGGAUAUUCCCCACCAGGCCCCGCGACCGCGCCGCCUCCGACAAUGAUCAAGAGGUUCAUCGUGAAUCACUGGAAGUUAUUCAUGAAAGACACUCCACAGAACCAAACAUCAAUGCUGCAGCCAUUCUACCACCAACAUCUGUGAGCAAUACAUUCAACUUGCUUCUGGAAGGUGACAGGAAUCCAAGUCAUGGCAAUGGGCUUGCUGACAUUGAGAACAUAAUCAACCAGAGAUAUUUUUCUAGGGAUGAGACACUACGUCUUACAGAGAUCAUGCGGUCAAGGACUCCUGAUUUUAGUGUGGAAGACCAGAGACCUUCAGUAUCUACUGCAAAAGGUUUUGAAACAUCAUUUUCAACACCUGCCAAACUGAUUGAGGAUCAGCCAUCCUUGAGGACUGAUAUUGUUCCAUCAUCCAAUGUGCAUGACAUUGGUUCUUCACCGAUUGAAAUUGCAAAAGCUUUUAUGGAAGCACAGACCUCAGCUUUUGUACACGAGUCCAAAAGGCGGAAAUUCAGAGCUUUGAGUCAUGGAGUUGAGGCUGACAAUUCGACAUCAAAAGUUUUCCCUACAAUAACUAAUGAUUGUUCUGUAUGCUGGCCUGGUUCAGUUGUUCGAGGUUGUCCCAAUUAUCUUACACCACAAAGUAAUAAAGGAAGGACCCUGCCUCAGCCUCUUUCUCGCACACCAUACAAUAGAUCAGUUUUUCGAAGAUCUAUUAAGAACAGCAGGCAUGGUGAUACAUACAAUGGACAGACACAAUUUUCCACUCCAUUUUCUAUUGGAAGUAAGACAAUACUAGAGGAUAAACAUGCAUCAACAAGUGGUGGUAUGGUGCAGCCUUCAUCUUCCAGGGGAGAGAGAGAUGGUUUUGGUUCUAUUCCAAGAGAAGGUUCUGCCGCAAUGAAGAAUGUUGCAUUCAACUUGCAAGGGUCAGAUGGCAAAAGCAUGACAGAAAAUAGAGCAAUUUUUGGAUGUGCUUCAGGUGUAGACAAUAUCUCCAGGGGUGCUUCAGUAUCUGUUCAUCCCAAGUCAAGUGAAACAGCUUUCAAAAUACUUAAGCAACUUGACAGGACUAUUCCUUCCCCUACAUCAAAGCCACUAGGGCUGAGACAGACAUUAGCCAAUAGAAAUACUUCUUCUGUUGCCACCAACAGACAGAUCAAAGGGCCUGAUUUCAGUAUCGGUAAUGGUAAUAAACAGAGCAGCAUUAAUGAGAGUGGCAGUGCUAACUCGGAGACUACAUAUGGGAAGAAGGUUCAGCAACCUCAAAGCAGUCCUAUUGCAGAAGAGUCAAGUGAAAAAGUCCAGAGAAGCGGAGCUAACUCAGAUGUUUCUGAAGCAGGCACUUCUCAGCAGCCUCUGAAAUCAAACUUAACACCCACUUCAGUUGCCGAGGUCUUGGAUAAUAAAAACACUAGCAAAGGUUUCAGCUUUACAUUUCCUAUUCCUAAAGCUCCAAGUUCUCUACUUGAACCGCCACCUACACCAACCAUGGCUUCACCACCAAGGACCCUUCCAAUCACUAAUGAAGAUAUUCCCACGUUCACCUUUGGCUCACCCAGUACGGCCAACAAACUCGUUUUCUCCUUCAACUCCACAAGCAGUUCUCUUGGUGCUGGCGCAACAGACCCAACCUUCAAAUUUGGAUCUGAUAAUAAGCGAGAGCUUGUGUUUUGA